AGCUUACAGUGCGCAUGCGCAGAGAUACACUGCUGCCUGUGUAGCCGCGUGUUUAUGUUCAGGUUCCGCGUUUUUAAUGCGAAUUUAAAGAAAGAGACAGAGAUUCAUUCUGCUCUUCUCUCUGCGGCACACACGGGAUCAGUGCAUUACAUCAGGGUGGAGGGACUGAUCCUGCGGAUUUACAGCGCGUGAUGUCUGACAGCAUGCAGGACGGGAGGAAGAGGAAUAAGAGGAAGUAUGGUGGCCCACACGCAGGCGGUAAGAGGCGGAGAGGCAACAGGGAGCUGGAGCCGGGCAUGCAGGGCAUCCUCAUCACUUGUAACAUGAAGGAGCGCCAGUGCACUGCCGAGGCCUACAGCCUGCUGAACGAGUACGGAGAUCAGCUGUACGGUCCAGAGCAGUCAGCAGACCCGAAUGACGGCAGCAGUGAGGAUGACAUGGAGGUGGCGCUGCAGAAGGAGGUGAAAAGGUUCCACUCGACUACACGGAACCAACAGAGACGCUUUAAAGCACUCGACAGCGGCGCAAAUAACGUCUUGUUCAUCCGCACACACAACAUUGAUCCAGGCCGGUUGGUGCACUCCAUCCUGGAGGAUCUGUAUAGUACUCGGAAGUUGAAGUCGAGGGUGAUAUUUCGGAUGUUGCCUGUGUAUGGAUCGUGUAGAGCGUUUCCUGAAGAAAUACUGAAGUUCCUGUACUCAUUUCUGCAGCCGUGGUUCCUCUACCCCAAUCAUGCCUCCUACCAGAUCUGCUUCAAAUCCCGCAACAACAGCCACAGCAAGAGGGACGACAUCAUGAAGAACAUUGCUGGUUUGGUGAACCGGCUAAAUCCGAAGAACAGAGUGGACCUGACCAAUCCACAGCUCAGCAUCAUCGUUGAGGUGAUAAAGAUGGUGUGCUGUGUCAGCGUGAUCCGAGAUUACAAACGCUUCCGGAAAUACAACCUACAGGAAGUGACCAAGGGCCCGGCCACUCCAGGGUCAUCCCAACAGGAAGUGGCCAAGGACCCGGCCACUCAGGAGUCACCCCAGCAGGAAGUGGCCAAGGACCCGGCCACUCAGGAGUCACCCCAGCGGGAAGUGGCCAAGGACCCGGCCACUCAGGAGUCACCCCAGCGGGAAGUGGCCAAGGACCCGGCCACUCAGGAGUCACCCCAGCGGGAAGUGGCCAAGGACCCGGCCACUCAGGAGUCACCCCAGCGGGAAGUGGCCAAGGACCCGGCCACUCAGGAGCCACCCCAGCGGGAAGUGGCCAGGGACCCGGCCACUCAGGAGCCACCCCAGCGGGAAGUGGCCAGGGACCCGGCCACUCAGGAGCCACCCCAGCGGGAAGUGGCCAGGGACCCGGCCACUCAGGAGCCACCCCAGCGGGAAGUGGCCAGGGACCCGGCCACUCAGGAGCCACCCCAGCGGGAAGUGGCCAAGGACCCGGCCACUCAGGAGUCACCCCAGCGGGAAGUGGCCAAGGACCCGGCCACUCAGGAGUCACCCCAGCGGGAAGUGGCCAAGGACCCGGCCACUCAGGAGUCACCCCAGCGGGAAGUGGCCAAGGACCCGGCCACUCAGGAGUCACCCCAGCGGGAAGUGGCCAAGGACCCGGCCACUCAGGAGCCACCCCAGCGGGAAGUGGCCAGGGACCCGGCCACUCAGGAGCCACCCCAGCGGGAAGUGGCCAGGGACCCGGCCACUCAGGAGCCACCCCAGCGGGAAGUGGCCAGGGACCCGGCCACUCAGGAGCCACCCCAGCGGGAAGUGGCCAGGGACCCGGCCACUCAGGAGCCACCCCAGCGGGAAGUGGCCAAGGACCCGGCCACUCAGGAGUCACCCCAGCGGGAAGUGGCCAAGGACCCGGCCACUCAGGAGUCACCCCAGCGGGAAGUGGCCAGGGACCCGGCCACUCAGGAGUCACCCCAGCGGGAAGUGGGGAAUAAUGAAGCAAAUCAGGGGCAGGGUGAACAGGAUGUGCUGAAGGAUUUGGCCAGUCAGGAGCAGGGCCAACAAGAAGUAGCUGAGCACAAAGCCAAUGAGACAGAAGAGGACAGUGUGGGCGGGGACAUUGAGAUAAAAGAGGCAGGGCAACAGUAAUUAAAGGUUUGUUCCUAAUACGCAAUGUACACUCCUGCUGAUUAGUGAGAGGGGAGGAGGGAAGAAGUCCAUACCAAACACACACUUUUAUAAUUGUGUGUGUGUGUUAAUUGUUGUGUCAGUGGUUAAUGAAUUUGUUUCUUUAUCAGUGUGGUACAUUUAUUAAAACUCUGUAUUAGUUAAAGAAGGUUGCAUUUUUACUGCCUUUUACUGUUAAACUCUUGUUUUACUUUUAUUUCAGUUUAAUAAAUGUAUUUUAGGUUAAGAUAAUUUUCCCCAGACUCAGAAUGAAUAAAAUUCCUGGCUUGAUCCCAGCAUGAUCCCUGAGUUUCACCUGUCUGUCGGAAGAUAUUCAGAAUAUUUUCCUCUCAUUUACAUAUCAGCUCACAUUAGUGUGGAGGCAACAGUGAGCAGCACUUCAGAUGGAGACAAUUCACAUCUUAAUGAUUUAUUUAUUAAUAUCUUUUGGAAAAUAGUCCUGAUAUAUGAGAGUCAUUACAUGCAAAAGUGUUGAACGAGUUGUCAUACUCUGUCAAUCACGAGGAUGAUGCCUCUCCAACCUCAUCUACCCUUCAGCUACUUCUCCUGACACCUUCUGGAUCACUACUGGACUAUGGAACUGCCAGUCUGCCAUACAGAAGGCUGACUUCAUCUCUGCCCAUGCCUCCCUUCUGUCCCUUCACAUCCUUGCAUUGACAGAGACCUGGAUUUCACCUGACAACAGCACAACACCUGCAGCCCUCUCUACCACCUUCUUCUUCUCUCACACCCUUCGUUCGUGUGGUGGCGGCACUGGUUUGUUGAUCUCUCAGUCGUGGAAGUUCUCCCCUCUUCCACUCUCCCACCUCUCCAUCUCCUCCUUUGAAUUUCGUUCCGUUUCAGUCUCUUCUCCUGUUAACCUUUUUGUCAUUGUUGUUUAUUGCCCUCCUGGCUCUGUGGGAUGUUUCUUUGAUGAACUGGACAUCCUACUUGGCACCUUCCCAGAAGAUAGCACCCCACUGAUGCUCCUGGGAGACUUCAAUCUCCACCUAGAAGCCUCCCACUCUGCUGCCUUCCUUCCUCUCCUCUGCUCAUUUGAUCUCUCCCUGCUGAACUCUCCUCCAACCCAUCAAGCUGGCAACCUUCUCAACCUGGUCUUCCUCCGAAACUGCUCUGCCUCAGAUCCCACAGUUACCCCUCCCCAUCUGUCAGACCACCACUUCAUCUCAUUCUCCCUCUUUCUUCCUCUCCACCGAUCAUCCCCCUCCUACCCCCACUGUUACAGUCUGUUGUAACCUCCGCUCCCUCUCUUCCUCCUCUCUUGCCUUCUCUGUCACUGCCUCCCUCCCCUGCUUGAAUCCUCGGUCAGUCUCCCCACUCAAUCUGCUGCAUCCUCCCUGCUCUCCUCUCUCGCCUCUUCACUGGACACAUUAUCUCUUCUUGUCUCCAGGCCAGCAAGAUCUUGCCCUCCUGGUCCCUGGAUGUCUAAAACACUUGACUCUUGCAGAAUCGGCCUCCGUGCAGCAGAGAGGAAGUGGAGAAAAUCCAGGGCCCCUGCCGACCUGUUCUGCUACCAGUCCUUCCUUGCAGAGUUCACAGCCUCACUCAAAUUUUUUUUAAAUUAUUAUUAUUAAACCUUUAUUUUACCAGGGAUAAAAAUCACAUUGAGAUUAAAAUCUCUUUUACAAGUGAGCCCUGGCCAAGAAGGCAGCACACAAAAACAGAAUUAAGAACAGAGUAACAAUCAUGGGCGGCAUGGUGGUGUAGUGGUUAGCACUGUCGUCUCACAGCAACAAGGUCCGGGUUCGAGCCCCGUGGCCGCCGAGGGCCUUUCUGUGUGGAGUUUGCAUGUUCUCCCCGUGUCCGCAUGAGUUUCCUCCGGGUGCUCCGGUUUCCCCCACAGUCCAAAGACAUGCAGGUUAGGUUAACUGGUGACUCUAAAUUGACCGGAGUGUGAAUGGUUGUCUGUGUCUAUGUGUCAGCCCUGUGAUGACCUGGCGACUUGUCCAGGGUGAACCCUGCCUUUCACCCGUAGUCAGCUGGGAUAGGAUCCAACUCGCCUGCGACCCUGUAGAACAGGAUAAAGCAGCUAGAGAUAAUGAGAUGAGAUAACAAUCAUCUCACACACUCACAGAACAAAACAAAAAAAAUUAAGAACAGACAAACCAGACAGAAAUUUAAAAACAAGAACAGACUGACUGAUGCACUCGGUUAAGACAAGCUUUGAAAUCAACAAAUGAAAUAAAAACCUCAAGUUUUAGUCGUCUCUGUAGCUCAUUCCAUGCUGUUGGAGCAUUACAAGCAAAGGCAGUCUUACCAAACUCAGAUUUUGCCUGCACAACAUCAUACAAGAUAUAGCUACUUCACCGUAGAUUGUACUGAGAUGUACUAGGUGUUAAAAGAACAGAUAUAUAAGAAGGAAGUUGGCCAAUUAUUGCUUUGUACACAAAAAUUAACCAAUGUUUGUCUUCUCAUAAAGAGUGAGAACCAACCAACCAUUUCAUACAAGGCACAAUGAUGGGUGGAGUAACUUGCUUGAGUGAUAAAUCUUAACGCAGAAUGAUAGAGUCUAAGGACUGUAGCAGAGCUUUAGAGUUAUGUCUAUAAAAUACGUCCUCAUAAUCCAAGACUGGCAGAAAAGUAGAUUCAACCAAUCUUUUCCUUGCUUGUUGACUAAAGCAAGAUUUGUUUCUAAAGAAAAAACCCAACUUUGAUUUCAGUCUACAAAGUAAAUUCUCAACAUGCAAUUUAAAGGAUAGAUCUUCCUCCAACAUAAAACCCAGAUAUCUCUACGAGGAGACUAGUUCAAUUGAUUUACCCUGCAAAGUGCAUAGUUGAGGCAGGGAGGAUCCCAGCUUAUGGGUUCUAGAAAAGAACAUGAACUUUGUUUUCUUAUUGUCAAGAAUUAAUUUCAAGGAAUUUAAAUUUCGCUGUACCAUUCAGAAUACAAUUUAAAGUCUUAUUAUUUGUUUUUAAAGCACUCAGUGGGCUGGCCCCAGCCUACAUUAAUGACCUUUUACAGCCCCACUCAGUCCGAAGGUCUCUAAGAUCCUCUAACACAGGGCUUCUUCAUGUACCUCGCUCGCGGCUGAAGCAGAGAGGUGACAGAGCUUUUUCUGUUGCUGCUCCACGCCUCUGGAAUCAGCUCCCACCAGACAUCAGAUCUGCUCCCUCCAUCUCUGCCUUUAAAUCUAGGCUAAAAACCCAUCUCUACUCCUUGGCCUUUCCCUAACCAUCAGCUUAUUGUUAUUGUUGUUAUUAUUAUAGUUUUAUUUUAUUUUUUUAUUUUUCUUUUUGAUCAUUUGUCUUUUAAUACUGACUCUGUACAGCACUUUGGUCAGUGUAUGCUGUUUAAAUGUGCUAUACAAAUUAAACUUACUUACUUACUUACCACAGUGAAUGCUUCUUGCAGCUUUAAAGUGCUGAUGACCCAAACAUGACUCUAUGCAAUUUCUUAAAUAAACUAUACAACAUGGCAAA